AUGCGAAUGCAUCCGGCUCUGGCGCUGUCCAUCGGCUUCUCUGUCUUGUAUCUGCUGCUUUUCAGCUACGCUCGAUCGACAUGCUGGCGAGACCCGACCUCCAAGUUCUACCGCCAAGACCGCGCCCACACCCCCGCCUACUCGACGUAUCGUGUAAAGCAGGGCGUCCAGUUUGCCGACACUUGGUCGACGCAGGAGGCGACUCCCAACCUUGCCUCGGGCCAACCCAAGCUCUGCGUCGGUGUCGCUUCCGUAUCGCGCAAUGGCACAUCGUACCUCAAGGCCACCUUGGGGUCGAUGCAACAGGGGCUUAGCCCGGCUGAGCGGGAGAGCCUGUAUUUCGUCGCUCUGCUCGCCCAUGUCGAUCAGAAGAAGCACCCGGAUCACGGACAAGCAUGGCUGGCCAACAUGGUAGACAAGCUACCUUCCUACGACCAGGAUCCUGCCCGAAAGGCUGUCGCUGAGGACAUGGAGGCCAAAGGCGUGUCGCAUUGGAUAAAGUCGAAAUUCGACUACUCUUUUGUCUUGGACGAGUGCAAGAGGACGGGCGCACCAUACAUAUUAAUGAGUGAAGACGACGUCGUUUUUCUCGACGGCUGGUAUCACCGAACUCUAAAAGCUCUCGGCGGAGUGGAAGAAAAGUCGAAAAAGGCAAACGAGGAUUGGCUAUACCUACGACUCUUCUACUACGAAGGCCUGCGAGGCUUUAAUGCCGAUUAUUGGCGCAAAUACGCCCGCACAGUCUUCUUUGUCGAAUGUGCCGUCAUCUCGGUGCUCAUCAUCUUGCAACGCUUCGUCCCCGGCGGCCCUCGCUUCGUCACCCGAUGGACCGCGCUCCUCACCGUCGGCGUCUACGUGCCGCUACUCAUCGUUCUGGCCAUUGUCGCCGGCGGCAACUGCGUCGCACCCCAACCGCGUGGUCUGCAGGUCAUUGCUGACAAUAUUUGCUGCGGCCAGGGCCUCGUGUUUCCCAGCUCCGUAGUCGACCCGCUGCUGACGGCGUUUGAAGGCGCGAGAUGGGCCCAGACGCCGACGGACACGUUCAUCGAGGACCACGCAGCCGCCACUGGUACAUUACGCUGGGUGCUGACGCCAGUGGUCAUGCAGCAUGUCGGCGGGCUGAGCAGCUACGGUGAACCGGGCAUUGUUCCCAUGUCGCCGAGUGACACGUGGAACCAUGCAUUUGAGCUGAACAACCCAGACGAUCUUGCCAAGGAGCACUUUAACGCCCUCGAAUUGGGUGUGUCAUGA